UUUUCUAUCAUUCUUCUUCUUCUUCUUCUUCCCUCUCUUUAUUUGUGAGCCAAAAAAUGAAUAAAAAUGGAUACAAGGAGGAAAAUUCAUGUUGCUAUUUCCAUCCAAAUCAAGUAGUUAUUGGUGUGUGCCCUUUCUGCUUGAAUGAGAGGCUCCUCAUAGUGGCUGCAAAACAAGGCCAUCAUCGCCCCUUUGCUUCCAUAGCUUCUCACAAGGUUCAACAGAGGAACCCUUCAGCUUCUAUUCACAGGAUCUUUGCUUUUGGUUCUCUUUUCGGUCGCCCAGAAUCCCACCACUUGAAAUCUGAGAACUAUGACCAAGAUGAUGCCUCCCCCAGCCCAGAAGAGUCCUUCAUCUCAAUCAAGUUUGAAGAAAAUGGGGUGGCCUCGUGGGAGAAGAACAAUGUCCCUAAUAAGGUAUGUAUUCAAAGAAUUCUAAACAAAGAGGGGAAGGAGAGGAAGAGUGUGAUAGAACAUGGAAAGUCAAAUAACGCAUUUAGAUGGCGAAAGCGUAUAGGGCGUUUGGUCCAUCUCAUCCAAUGGAAGAGGUCCAAUAAGGGUGGUGUGGGCCACGUUGGAAACAAGGUGGAAGGAGUGAAGGUGAGAAAGGGUUGGAUGAGAACGCUGACAAAGAGAAAGACCGUGGAAUAAAGGAGUAAAAAGAAAGUGACACACUUGCUGCUGCUUUUUUUUU